AGUUUAAUCCAUUAUUUUGAAAGCAUUCAUUAAUAAUUAUUUUAAAAGACCGUCAUUCAAAUUAGCUGAUUGCUUUAAAAUCAGCUCCGUGUUCAAGGAUGUUUGGAGUUAUUUAUAAUUUGUUAUCAAAGACAUCUGUUUAAUUCUCACAUGGCAGUUGACCUAAUUUGAACCUGCAUAUAAAGAUGGGAACUGAGUGAGACGUGUCAGACUGCAUCUUGCUGUCUAAACAGGUGCUAUUUCAGAAUGAGGAAUGCUGCAGUUUCUCUGGCAUUGCUGCUCUGUCUGCACCGGGCAUGGGCUCAGGGUGAGAGUGGAGGGGUGACAGGGAACGAUAUCACUCAGACAGAGGGGGAAAACAGGAAGAAAGAGGUUCAGUUUGAGAUUCAGGGCGUCAAACCAACUAAUGAUCAGAGCAGCAGCCAGACCAACAUCACCCCCGAUAUCUGGGCUGAGCUGAAGGAGCUGAGAGACAUGGCCAUCGAACACAGGAGCAAGAUAGAGAAGCUAGAGCAAGAGAAAACAGCCACACAGGCCAGACUGACAGCCAGUGAAAGCAAGAAUGCAGUUUUGGAGGCGAGAAUGAGCUCCAGUGAAAAUGUGGUCAAAGAGCUCCAGAGAAAGAACAUAAUAUUGGGGGCCAGAAUGAGCGCCAGUGACAACAAGAUGGAAGACCUCAAGAGAGACAACAAAGUUUUGGAGGCCAGAAUGAACACCAGUGAAAAUUUAGCCGUGGACCUCAAGAGAGAGAACUUGGAUCUUGUGGCUAGAGUAACAGCAAGCGAAAAUAAGAACACAGUUUUAGAGGCCAGAAUGAGCUCCAGUGAAAAUGAGGUGAAUGAGCUCAAGAGAGAGAACGCAGAUCUUUUGGCUAGAGUAACAGCAAGCGAAAAUAAGAACACAGUUUUAGAGGCCAGAAUGAGUUCCAGUGAAAACGAGGUGAAUGAGCUCAAGAGAGAGAACGCAGACCGUCCAAAGGUGGUGUUCUCAGUAAGUCUUACUGACGCAGGACAAGUUGGACCCUUCAAUACUGACAUCACACUUAAGUUCAGUAAAGUCCUCACCAACAUCGGCCAGGCCUACAGCCCAACUACAGGUAUCUUCACAGCCCCAGUCAGAGGAGCCUACUACUUCAGAUUCACUCUGUGGGACAACCGUGUGUCAUCUUGGAUGGGUGCCAAACUUUACCACAAUGACAAGAGUAUAAUGUGGAGUUAUGAUUUAAAUGAUACCAACGGCUAUGUCAGUUGUUCUAAUGCAUUAGUUCUUCAACUGGACAAGGGAGAUGUGGUCUACAUGGUUCUCCCCACAAACUACAAAGUGUUUGAUGAUUCCUAUAAUCGUACCACUUUUGGUGGAUUUCUACUUUUUACUCUGUGAAGUCAGCUGUAAAACACCCACAGUCAAUUGCAUUAAGUUUCAACAUCAAACUAUUAAAUAUGUGUGCUAAUUAAAUCCAAAUAACUCUGUAUGUGUGUAUUUUUGUCUGGUUACAUGAACAAGACAGGAAAUAGGACAAGAAAGUCCUUUAGUGACAAUAUCAAACAAACUCUACACAGUUUGACAACAAGUUACUGUGUUAAUAAAUAUGGAGAGGAUGUCUUAUUUACUCCUAUAGUAGCACAACAUUAUUCUAUGAAUCCAUCCAUGCAUCAAACCCUAUCAGAGCCAUAUAGCAGAC